AUGGACCAAAUUUCGAUUACUCUGAAGUCUUAUCAAAAAGAUUUCUGUUUUUUGAAACCGCCUGCCAGGGAUGUCAUUGACAUCUACAGGGUCCCGGAGCUGCACGCAGCAUUGGGAGGCGCCCCUGGGCUGCUGGUAGCCACAACGUCUUGUUGUCAGGCUAGCCCCCUAUCAAUGGGACAUAAAACUUUACUGGCUAACGAAAAAGAUCAAGAACAGUGCAUCAACGCACGUAAAACAACGUUCUUCGGUGGAUGGAAUGUACGAUCGUGUUUUCGAAUGGCGAAGAAACAACUCAUUAUCAAACAACUGCAAAGACACCGCAUACAAGUGGCUGCUCUGAGUGAAACGGCCAUCUACGACACAGGUGUAUCAACAGUGGGUGAAUACACAAUGGUUCAUUCAGGUCUUACCAGCGAGAACAGGACAAGAUCCGCACAUGGAGUGGCCAUCUGUCUUGGUAAACAAGCAACGAUGGCGUGGAAAAACAUCGGUGCCUUUUGGAAAGCAGUCAACGAACGAAUCGUCAUGGUGCGACUACAGGGAACAGCGGUAAAUGUCACGAUCAUCGCCGUAUAUUCUCCAGUCAAUCCUAACGGUAACAAAACCGCCGCUACAGCAUCAGACAAAUUCUAUACCGAUCUACAGCAAACGUUAAGUACGGUCCCAUCAAAAGACCUCUUAUUGAUCAUGGGUGACUUCAACGCGAGAAUUGGAAAGCAACAGAACUACACCAGUAAUAAUGUGGUUGGCCCACAUACAACCGAUCACAUCAAUGAAAAUGGGCAACGACUGGUAGACUUUUGUGCAGCAAACGACCUCAUCAUUACCAAUACAUUCUUCCAGCACAAACCCAUACAUCAAACCACCUGGAUGCAUCCUGGACACAAGAAAUGGCACACACUCGACUACACUCUCGUCAAUCGUGAAACAAUUCUUUCGAAUGGAACAUUUGAACUGAAUUGUCCCAAUGGAAUCACAUUGGAUAAUGAAGGUUUUGUAUUUGUUGUUGAUUCCAAUAAUCAUCGAAUCAUCGGACAAAAUUCCAAUGGUUUUCAUUGUUUGGUCGGAUGUAAUCAAUCAGCGGGUUCUAAUCGAAAUCAAUUGAGUUCUCCGUCAAAUCUUCAAUUUGAUUUAUUUGGAAAUAUCUUUGUCGUUGAUCAACAAAAUCACCGGAUUCAAAAAUUUGAUUUGAUUAUCAUUGCAGGACAAUGGAAAUCAACUGGAAAUAUGGCUGUUGCACGAUAUGGACAUACAGCAUCGAUUUUAUCAAAUGGAAAAGUUUUAAUCACUGGUGGAUACAAUGGUGGUUAUCUGAAUAGUGCUGAAUUGUAUGAUCCAUCAACAGGCAAUUGGACAACAACUAGAACGAUGAGUGUUGCACGAUAUGGACAUACAGCAUCGAUAUUAUCAAAUGGAAAAGUCUUAGUCACUGGUGGUGGUUAUCUGAAUAGUGCUGAAUUGUAUGAUCCAUCAACAGGCAAUUGGACAACAACUGGAACGAUGAGUGUUGCACGAUAUGGACAUACAGCAUCGCUUUUAUCAAAUGGAAAAGUCUUAGUCACUGGUGGAGACACUGGUAGUGGUUAUCUGAAUAGUGCUGAAUUGUAUGAUCCAUCAACAGGCAAUUGGACAACAACUGGAAAGAUGAGUGUUGCACGAUAUCAGCAUACAGCAUCGCUUUUAUCUAAUAAGACAAUAUUAGUGACAGGUGGAUGUUGUUCUCUCAACAGUGCCGAAUUGUAUUGA